CACACUGUCUCUUGUGUUCCAAAACAAAAGCGAAGAUGUUUCCCGACAAUUAAUUAGUAACUAGCCGCCGCCGCAACUGAUUUCCUUAAUUAGCCGCUGCCCCAACACAGCUUGCAUAUACACCAUGCCCCUGAACGCAGGGCCGGAGACUGGCGGCGGUAAGGGCGUAGUGGCCAGUGGCUCCCAGGAGCCCAGCUCGCCCGUCCAAAAGGUCUGGAAACCGGAGUUGUACAAGAUCCAGUUGGAAGCUCCGACUCCAUUUCCAUUGCGCUGUCUGAGAACCCUGCUGCCGCUGCCGGCUAAAUCAAAGGCCGAGGCUGUGGAGGCCAAUGACUCGGCUGUUCGACUUUAUGGCUCUGAGUACCAUGGCGUGAUGGGUCACUUGGAGGCCGAGGAGCUGCUGGCAAAUGGUCGCGAGGGAAGCUACCUCGUCCGGCGAAGUCCGCAGUCCGACGGAUACUACACUCUCAGUCUCCGAUUCAACAAGCGGACUAAACACUUCAAAGUGUUCUACAAGCCCGAUAAAGGGCAUUACCUUCGUGAUCAGGACAAGUGCUUCGACUCGGUUCAUGACAUGGUGGCCGACGGACUGAUCAACUUUCACAUGGAGCUCCAUGCCGGUCCAAUUAUUCAGCAGAUUAACCAGCAGACCCGAAACUGCUAUCAGCAGAGUCCCUACAUGACGCUGAAUGGGCGAAAGCUACGAGCACUGUCCAAGGAGAUGGCUCCAGAGAAACCCAAAGAUGCAGCGCAAACAUCACUCCCCGCGCCAGGGAAGGACGACCAGACCGAUGCGGAGCCAAAGCGGCAGUCUCAGCCCCAAGUUAGGUCUUCAAUUCCAGCAGCUGCUGCAGCAGAUCCCAUGCCUCUGGUUUACGAAAAGCCGCAUCAGUUCAAGGUUCACACCUUCAAGGGCCUCAACUGGUGCGAGUUCUGCGCCAAUUUCUUGUGGGGAUUCACCGCCCAGGGUGUCAAGUGUGAGGCCUGUGGCUUUGUGGCUCACGCCAAGUGCUCCGAACUAGUGCCGCCCAAAUGUGUGCCGGAUUUGAAGCGGAUUCGUGGUGUCUUCGGAACAGAUCUAACCACCAUGGUCCAGCUGGAGCAGCACCACCAAAUACCUUUUGUAGUUCGCCGCUGUGUGGAAGAGGUGGAGGCGAGGGGCAUGCUGCAGGAGGGAAUCUAUCGGGUUUCCGGCUUCGCCGAUGAAAUCGAGGCCUUGAAGCUGGCUCUAGACAAGGACGGCGAGAAAACGGACAUGUCGGAGACGGCCUACGGGAACGUUAACGUUAUUGCCGGAACGCUGAAGCUCUAUCUGCGCCUGUUGCCGGUACCGCUGAUCACAUUUCAGGCCUAUCCCAGUUUCAUGGCUGCCGGCCGUAACAGCAACCAAGCUGAGCAGCUGACUCUCAUGACCGAGGCAGUGCACCGCCUGCCGCCUGCCCACUACAGUUGCCUACAGUAUAUGCUGGAGCACCUGAAGCGCGUGGCCUCCCAUUACGCCGUCAACAAGAUGAACGAGCACAACCUGGCCACGGUGUUCGCACCCACAUUGAUAGCCACUCCCCAGCAUAUGACCAAUCUCACCGAGGAGAUCUUCAUGCUAUCCUCGCUCAUCACCCAUUGCAAAAAGAUCUUUGCCUGAUCCGCCUCCUCCUCCCAAAUUCAUGAAACCGAGUGGAAUGGGCUAUCCAUUCCUCGUUCUCUUUUGCUUUGGCUCUACAUAUACUAUGUAUAACUAUAUAACACCUUAAAAACUAUUCACACGACUCGAUGAUUCCACCAAAAAUAUAGCCUAAGAUAAGGGUAAAGUAUUAAGUAAGCAUCCAAAAGAUUUGGGAAAAAAGAAACCAGUAAGCACAUCAAAUGUUAUGAAGGUCCAACGUUCGAAUUUACCGAUUUUGGUAUUAUUUUUUGGAGCAUGUAUUAUGCGUCACAAUAAACAUAUUUAUUGAAUUUAUAAAAAAAUGAA